CUUGCUUAGCUCAAGCUUCCCCUUCCCUUGCAUCGAAAUAGACGUGGGGAAACCAAACUGUUUAACAUUUAUCACUUACCAUUCAUUCGCCUUUGCAUUCAGCACAGAACACCCACUUGAACUGAGACGUCUUCGACAUUACGUCGUUCAGAUCGCAAUUGUAGCAAGACAAAAAUUCUGAUAUUUGUUCGCCCGCACCCCCGGUUGUUCGAAGCAACAAAACCUGCCCAGCAUGAGUGUGGAAAUGGAUGAAGAUGACGACUUUUACGCCCCUGAAGAGCCAAUCGCGCCCCCAGCAUCGGUAGCAGCACCGGCGAAUUCCACAACCGCAGCAUCUGCCGCAGCGACAGCUAAGCCAACAGCUGCCAAGAACGAAGAUGAGGACUUGGAAGAAGGAGAGGAGGAGGACGAAGGUGGCGCUAUGGAUGAGGACGACGAUGAUUCCGAUAUCGACAUUAUCACUGAACGCAAAGACGGCACAAGUGCUGCCCCGCCGUCACAGUCCAAGUACAGCGAAAUAAGGAGCAUCCCGCAAAGAUCAGUAGCGACAGACGGAACAGCUCCGGCAAAAGCAGCCCCUAACAAAAAGGAGGAUACCGUCAAGGGAUCCGAUCUCCCUCCAGUCACCAAGUCCAAUUUUGAUCCCUACGCCAUUCCUGAACACAAGCCUACCGGCAAGCCCUUGACUCAAGUAAAUAUAGACGAGGAUCUCGGUGAGGAUGCCGCGCCCUGGCGCAAGCCCGGCACCGACAUCAGUGACUAUUUCAACUACGGCUUCGACGAGUUCAGCUGGGCCAUAUACGCGCAGAAGCAGAAUCAACUGCGCUCCGAGUAUAGUGCCGACGCCAUGUCCCAGAACAGCAAGAAGAUGAUGGAAGACCUGAACAUGAUGAUGAUGGGGGGCAUGCCCGGCGGUGGUCCAAUGGCGGGUGGCAUGCCCGGAAUGGACGGUGGCGGUGGCAUUCCGCCCGAGAUGCAGGCCAUGAUGCAGCAGAUGAUGGCAUCGGGGAUGGACCCAAGUCAGAUGGACCCGGCAACAAUGUUUGCUGCAAUGCAGGGAGGCGGUGCUGGGGGUGGGCCUGGAGGUGGUGGACAAGGUGGUGGAAACCAAAACUUUGGUGGUGGUCAGGGCUUUGGUGGUGCCCAAGGAGGCCAGGGCUACGGAUACGACCAACAGCAGGGAAUGGGCGGCAGGGGAGGUUUCAGAGGACGCGGCGGCAGGAGGUGGUAACGAACGGGUGGCUUGUUGGACUUCAUCCCCAGCUAUAUGGGGAUUGGAGAUAAUUGAUAUCCUGAAAUCAUUCUUUUAGCGUAACUGAAACUGGUAUCUGCCCAAAAGAAACGCCGUACAAUGAAAACGCCUGGCGCCGCCGGUAUGGUGAUACAAGGAAGAAAAUAAUAAUAAUAAUCCUCAACCGCCACAAACAUCAGUAGAUGCCCUCUGCUCCAUCAUCCCCUU